GUGCUCAGCUGUGGGACCAAACUACACAACAUUUCUCUGCUUUUUAGACAUUUGAAUCAUUAUACAAGGACUUGAAGCACACGUCACCCGUACAGUACUUGUAAGAUAAAUAAGCGGCAUCUCCUCGUUAGCUUUUAUGGCAUCUGCAUGCUGCGGCUAUGCUUAAAUGUGGUUCCUUUCUUGCUACUGUAAACAAUAACAUGCUAGCUGAGGAGUUAUCAGCAUAAUGCACUUGGCAGUUGUUGGGUGUAGCUUAACUUCUUGUGCAUCCACACCCUAUUUGCUGCUUAGUGCACCAACUUGUUUCCUGCAUUCACUCAUUUUUCUAUUCCACAUAUUUAGCAGUCUUUAUCAAGAUGCAGGUGCUGCUUCUGAGGGAGCCAAGAGAUGGAGACUCUGAGACUGACCCUUACGUCAAGGCGCUGGCUUCACAUGGCCUGAAAGCAACCCUUCUUCCUGUGCUAUCUUUUAAGUUUGUUUCAUUAAACACCUUGUCAGAUAAGCUGUUCCAACCAGAGAAACAUGGUGGCCUCAUAUUUACAAGUCCAAGAGCUGUGGAAGCUGUGAAGAUGUGCAUACAGGAAAGGACAGAAGAAUGGACCAGCUCAGUGAGCGACAAAUGGAACACAAAGUCUGUGUAUGUGGUGGGGAAAUCAACUGCUGUUUUAGCGCGCAGUAUCAGUCUAAACUCCAUUGGCGAGGACACAGGGACGGCAGAUGUCUUGUCGCGGGUCAUUAUUGAACGAGAGGACACAAAUAUUCCACCACUUUUCUUCCCUUGUGGCUCCAUCAAAAGAGAAGUCCUGCCCACUGCUUUAAGGGAAAAUGGGGUUCCUCUGGAGAUGCUGACUGUGUAUCAAACAGCAGAGCAUCCAGAUAUAGACAAAAAUCUGUGCAACUAUUUUGCACAGCAGGGCGUCCCGGCUAGCAUAGCUUUCUUCAGCCCGUCGGGGGUCAAAUUCUGCCUACAGACCGUGCAGAGGCUAGCUGGUGAGCGGCUAGCGCAAAUAAAGUUUGCUGCCAUAGGGCCCACAACACGGGACGCCAUGCUGGCGGAAGGUCUGAGUGUCAGCUGCACUGCAGAGAAGCCCACAGCGGAGCACUUGGCGGCGGCUAUAAGCCAAGCGCUAAAAUAACCUUACAGCCAUAUGUCUUUUUUGCUAGUUUUGUAUGUAUAGUGGUGUGAAAAGUGUUUGCCCUCUUCCUGAUUUCUUUUUUUUUUUUUGCAUGUUUGUCACACUUAAAUGUUUAAACAAAUUUAAAUAUUAAUCAAUGACAACACAACCAAAAAAAAAAAAAGGAGUUUUUAAAUGAAAAUUUGUAUUCUUAAAGGAGAAAAAAAACCUACAUGUCCCUGUGUGAAAAAGUGAUUGCCCCCUAAACCUAAUAACUGUUGGGGCCACCCUUAGCAGCAACAACUGCAAUCAAGUGUUUGUGAUAACAAACAAAGUGUUUGUGUGUUUUGGAUCAUUGUCCUGCUGCAGAACCCAAGUUGGUUUCAGCUUCGUGCAGAACAGAUGUUCGUGACCUCAAGUUCCAUUUAUGGUUCCAUUUAUCACAGCAAGUCUUCCAGGUCCUGAAGCAGCAGAACAGCCCCUGACCAUCAUACUACCACACUACUUUUUUUAAAAUGCAACAUUACUUUUACGCCAGAUGUAAUGGGACACACAUCUUACAGGAACCCUAUCCCAAACCUUUUGUCUUGAGUAUUUUCCAAAGGUCUUGGGGAUCAUCAAGCUGUUGUCUGGCAAAAUUGAGUUUUUGUUCAGCAGUGGUUUUCAUCUUGGAAUUUAGCCAUGCAGGCCAUUCCUGGGAAGGUUCACCACUGUUCCAUGUUUUCGCCAUUUGUGGAUAAUGGCUCUCACUGUGGUUCGCUGGAGUCCCAAAGCUUUACAAAUGGCUUUAUAGCCUUUUCCACUUGAACUCAGGUGUGAUAAAACAACAGUUAGGUUAUGUUUUAACAGGGGGGUAAUCACUUUUUCACACAGGGCCAUGUGGGUUUGGAUUUUUUUUUUUGUCCCUUAAUAAUAACACGUUUCAUUUAAAAACUGCAUUUUGUGUUCAGUUGUGUUGUCAUUGACUAAUAUUUACAUUUGUUUGAUGAUCUGAAACAUUGAAGUGUGACAAACAUGCAAAACACUUAACAUCACUGUAUAUUGUAUUUAUUUGCACAGCAUCCAAUGCUGUGACGUCCUAGUGUGUAUUCUGUUUAUUGUUAAGCUUUUGUUUGUGUGAUCCUGUAAUUAAAGUUGUGCUUCAC